GUGCAGGCAAGUAUGGCGUCUUGUAAUAAAAUGUUCGCCCUAAACCUGAUCUGUGUCUGCUUCGCAGUGGUGUUAGUUCACUGCAACCCUCAACCGGGUCAUGGAGGAGGACCUCCUACAAAUUCAAACAAUGACCCACCUGCAGCUUAUGACCCACCUUCAGCUUAUGACCCACCUGCAGCUUAUGACCCACCUACAGCUAAUGACCUCCCUUCAUGUUAUGACCCGCCGACAGUCUAUGAAGACCCUCUUUCAAUCAACGACCCACCUGCAGCUCAUGACCCACCUUCAAGUUAUGACCCGCCGACAGCCCAUGGAGAUCCUCCUUCAAACAACGACCCACCUGCAGCUCAUGACCCACCUGUAGCUUAUGACCCACCUACAGCUUAUGACCCACCUGCAGUUUAUGACCCACCUGCAGCUCAUGACCCUCCUUCAAGUUAUGACCCGCCGACAGCCCAUGGAGAUCCUCCUUCAAACAACGACCCACCUGCAGCUCAUGACCCUCCUUCAAGUUAUGACCCGCCGACAGCCCAUGGAGAUCCUCCUUCAAACAACGACCCACCUGCAGCUCAUGACCCACCUGUAGCUUAUGACCCACCUACAGCUUAUGACCCACCUGCAGCUCAUGACCCACCUUCAAGUUAUGACCCGCCGACGGCUCAUGAAUAGCCCCCUUCAAACAAUGACCCACCAACCGCUAAUUAGGAGCCACUUGUAUGUGAAUUUCCUCUAUAACACUAAAAUAUAGUUCAGUUUACUAUUUCAAUAUAUAUUAUUAAAUGCUGUUGAAAAUAA